AUGGCAGAUAAGGAGAUGAUUGAAAGGCUGCGGCAGAAGCGUACGGCAGCCCAGGCCGCGUUCACCAAAAAGGCAAACAAUCUUACCUCCAGGGUCAAUGCUCUAGAAGAAGGGGAUCUUAAGGCUGAGUGGAGGAACUUCAAAGAGGAUCAUAACAGAGUCACAGAUUUAGGAUUUGAGUACUCCACAGCCCUACGUGAACUAGAAGACGAAGAGGCCAGUGUAAAGGCGAAUCAGAUUGACGAGCGAACGCACGAAUGUGAUAAAAAGUUUGACGCUGUUAAACUCCUCGUCCUAAACAACUUAUGGACUAGAUUUGCAAAGGAUCAAAUUUCCGAUCUUGUAGAGGAGGCUAACUUAGCCCUGGGUCAGGCCGAAGUAAAGGACUAUCAACUGCUAUCUAGGAUGGAGCGGGAGCUGAUAAACAAAGACCUGGAACGAGAAGUCUUUGAAGUCAACAGUUUAGUGACUGAGUGGUCAGACUUAAUUCCUCAUGCAGAGCUCGUGGAAUCAAGAGGCUCAUGCAGGAAGCUGAGAAAGCGGCAAAUGAAACUGUGGGAUAAAUGGGCGUGGCGACGUAACAGUUGGUCUGAUGAAGAAGAGGCGAAAGUAAACGUAGAUAUGGCAGCCCAGACCAUGGAGCCAUCAGCAUCUACUAGCUCUGUUCCUGCUCCUGACCAUAAACUGUCCCGUCCCCAAGACAGCCACACUCCCAUAAGUGGAGCCCAGCGUAACCCAACCAGCGCGCCCACCUCUGUCAGUGAGGGUGCGCUUCACGCUCAAGGGGCUCACAGCAUAUACCCAGGGCCACUAAGCUUCAAGCCCCAAAUCACUUUGGAACGAGCACGUCUGCCUACAUUUUCAGGUAACAUGAGGGAUUACUACCGAUGGAAAGCUGAGUGGGAAGACCUGCAGCAGCUGGGGAACCCUCAUGGCUUGGAAAACGUAAGAAAGUUCCACCUAUUGGGAAGCUUAGAUGACAGAGUCAAAAGAGACCUUGUGCUGUCCAGCUGUGGAUCUGCCAAUGACGUGUUCAGACUCCUCGACAACAAAUAUGGGAAUAGGCCAAAAAUAGCGCUACUUAUCUCAAAAGAAGUCCACGGGUUACCGCCUGUCAAGGGAAACAACCCUAGAAAGACAAUUGAACUAAUUCAAGCUGUUGAAAGGGCUCUCAGGGACCUCCAAGUCCUGGGGGAGGAAGACGCAAUGAAAAAUCGUUUAGUGGCACAGUCGAUUGAGAGUAAGCUUCCAGACUCGCUAAAGGAGAAGUGGCUAACUCACAAGAAUGACCCCUCGAGCGGCUUUUCCCCCAGACAUCACUUUGACUGUCUACUAGAGUACCUGAAGAAACAGGAAGACAUUCUUGAAGAGUUGGAUCAGCUACAGCCCUGCUCAAAAGACUAUGAGAGGUCACAGGAGAAAUCCAAAGAAAGGAAAGCCUUCACAAAGGCAACAUCAACCCAAAAGGAUGCUCUGUCAAGUUCAUGCAUAGUCUGCAGAGAGGAAGGGCAUGAAGGAAGACUCUUUGCCUGCAAAGCCUUCAAGAGGCUCGACCUGUCGAGUAAGAAAGCUCUACUGAAAAAGAUAGGAGCAUGCCUCAGAUGCUUGCGCCUCCAUGAUGAAGACAGUGCGUGCACCAAGAGGCGGUUAGGAUCAGAACAGCUCGGAUUUUGUUCAGUGCUGAAGGUGUGGGAUGAAAACCUGGCUGGCAACAACAGCAGCGGCGGGGGACCUUCACAUCAGUGGUGGGGGUCUCUCGCUUUAUCUCUCGCUCUCUGUCGUGCGCGCGCAGCGGUGGGUUCUGAUGUGCGCGCGGAUGAUGAUGAUGAUGGGAGCGUGACCUCACCGUUUUGUGCACAGCUGCUGGAGAGAGGAGGAGGAGGAGAACAGAAACACAAACAUUUUGCGGGAGACGGAGAGAGGGAAGAGCGUAGAUCCUGCUUCACAACUCUCGGGAACAACUGUGUGUUUACGCGCGGAGACUGGAGCAGCGUCCUCCUCCAGCAUAUGCUCACGCUCUCCGCCGACAUGGACGAGUCUUCGUCGCUGCUGGAUCUAUUGGAGUGCUCCGUGUGCCUGGAGCGCCUGGACACCACGGCCAAGGUGCUGCCCUGUCAGCACACCUUCUGCCGUCGCUGUCUGGAGAACAUCGUGAGUUCCAGAAACGAGCUGCGCUGCCCGGAGUGCCGCAUCCUGGUGGACUGCGGAGUGGACGAGCUGCCGGCCAACAUCCUCCUGGUGCGGCUCCUGGAUGGGAUCAAACAGCGGCCACAGCGAGGCAACGGCACGGGCAGCAGGCAGUGCUUCCCCGGGGGUUCUCUUCAGGGCUACGCAGCUGGAAUAUGCGCGUCUCCUGCAGGCAGUGCUAUUAGAGACCUGACCACAGCCACCAGGAGCUCGCCUGUAAAGGCUGGUCCGGUGCAGAGGUAG